AUGCACACCUCGGAUGUGGUGGCGGCCACCUCCUUUCCUCCGCGCAUUUCUGUUGCCUGCGUGGAGGGGGGAGAGUGUGAGAUACAACAGACUUCCGCCCCUGGUACUUCCACCGCUAGCGCGACCGGGAGUGAGCAUCGGGCUGGCGCCUCGAACCCGAGUGUGUCGGGUGUGAACAUAGCUGUGUCGGAUGCGUCCGCAGCAAAGACGGUGAAAGUUUCGGAGUUCGUGACGAAGAUUGUGAAAGAGUGUGUGGAACGCGAGCGCCUGGCAGGAUGUCAGUUGUCGGCUGCAGCGCGGAUGCUCGUGGCGGCGGCCGCGUUUGAGGAGAUCCCGGCAGUGUUGGCACGGCGUACGAUGCGGAACAUGGGUCGCUCGGUACGGUCGGUUUCGUGGUGUUGGGCGCAGUUGGCGCUUUUACUUCAAAGCGGGUUGUCGAAGGAGGCGUUCGCGAGACUUGAAACAAUUGCGCGGACCGUAACACCGAUUGCGCCCACAGCCCAACCGGGCUGGCAGGUCAUCGCCGCUGGUCUUGACAAGCGCGCGACCUACGGGGACCUCAGCCGCUGGAUAGAACCCUUGCGGCAGGACCGACAGCAGAACGAUGGUUGGACCGUCGGGGACUCGAUCUGUUUUGAAUGGCUGCCAUCAGGACUGCGCGCACUUCCGGAGACCGAAUACUCCAUUCAAAUGGUCCUUGCCGCCAUCGAGCUAACCCGCCUAAUCAACCCUCGUGACGCCCUUCCCUGGCGCAACUCCAAAGGACUACCUCUCGCCACCGCACUACGCAAAUUCUGGGGCCCACACAUGUUCGGUGAACUACUGCACAUCUUGCGCGCCCAAUACUACCCGUCUCCCGACAUCUCCGACGACUGGCUCGCUAGCUGCAUCCUCCACCCCGCCACAGCAGACGCCGACCAACUCAGCUCCCUCUACCGCAAAUGCUUCGGUGUCGGUUUCGAACUGCCCCCCCAGCACCUGCCUCCGCAGCACCUGCCUCUGCAGCACCUGCCUCUGCAGCACCUGCCUCUGCAGCACCUGCCUCUGCAGCACCUGCCUCCGCAGCACCUGCCUCUGCAGCACCUGCCUACGCGGCGCCUGCCUCCGCAGCGCCUGCCCCCGCAGAAGACUUUGUUUCCGGAGACUGCUGCUGUGACCGAUGUUGCUUUGGAGGCAAGGACCUCCUUUUUGCUUCGUCAGUACACCCAAGAGCGCAUGCCGGGUGCGGCAGAGGCGGCUUCGGUAGCCGCGGCUACCAUCCAGGCAAACGUGGUGCAGAGAAGGACUGCCUUUUUGGCGCGUGUGAUCAGUGAGUGCCAGUCGCAAGAGUCGGGUCUGCGGGACGUGAAGGCGUCGGAGCUGGCGGAGUUAGUGUCCGGCUGGCUGCAGACGGCCUUGCGGGAAGUGAACGGGAACGGAGUGGUGUUAGUGCCCGUGAACUUUUCGAUGUGCUCAUGGCGGUGGCUGCAGUUGGCGGGUGUUAUGAUUGAGAAGAUGGACGGUGACAGGUUGCAGGGGAUGUUGAGUCAGGCGGAGACUGUGAUCCCUCGGCCCAAGAACGUGGGGAAGCAGUGGUACUUAGCGUGUGUGUUGGAUGCCUUGAUUUCGCGCGCUCUGCUGAAUGUCUGGCUUACCGAUAAAUUCGGCCUCACUGAGCCCGGCUGGUUCUCCCCUGAGGUGCUCUACGUGGAGUACUUUCCCCACGACAACCCGGUGCGCCUUCCGAUAACGCCUAAUGGGGAGAGACUCGUGUUGGCCGUCUGUAGCCUUAUGCGUUGGCUUACCCUGGCCGAAAUAAACUACCACCAGAAGUUCAACAAAGUCGCGACGGGAUUGACAUUGUUUCCUAACAAGCGGAACGAGUCGGCAAAACAAAUGCAGAUGGAGCUGGGUCAGUUUCUGCUCAGCGAGCUCGUCGCACUGUGGAGGGACGGAAUGCAAGCCGCUAAUAUUGUCACAGACUGCGCAUACGUGGGCAUCAUGCUCACGUUGGCCCGCAGACCAAACGUGGAAACAAGGGGGGCUUUCAUUCGCUGGGCCAAAAUCGGAAAUGGCAGACGACGAAUGAAUCCAGACCAUGGAGACCAGCCGCAGAAAAGAUCACGCUAA